AACAUUUGAAAGAAAAAAUAAGAAAGGUUUACAGUGAUCUAGGGUAUUGAUUGUUAUAUGUAAUGUAUUAUUAAAUAUAAUAUGAGAAGGGGAGCGAGAGGUUGAAUUUUUUUUUUGUGGAUAUUUAAAUAAAAGUGGGAGGAGCUUCGGAUAGACACACACUCACACACACACAUACACAUAGAGAGAGAGUUGGAUUUGGAUUUGGAUGCGUUUCGCUGGAAAUCCUUUUUUUAUUCACGGCAAAAUCACGAGAGGGAGGAAUAAAAAACACUGAAGAUCAAAAGAAAGAAGUCAUGGCGACGGACGGGGGGAAAUCAGGUGGUGGUGAAAAGGGCAGUAAAGGAAAAACGUCAUCACAGGAUGCACAGCCAUCUCCUCUCGCUCUGCUUGCAGCCACAUGCAGUAAAAUAGGCGGCGUGGGCGGGGAGGGGCAGGCCGGUGUGCAGCAGCAGAUCAUCAUUGACCCUAGCCAAGGGUUAGUUCAGCUCCAGAACGCCCCUCAGCAGCUGGAGCUUCUCCCGGCUCAGUUCACAGGAAACGGCUGGCAGAUUAUUGCUGCUUCGCCUGCCGCAGCUACUGCAACCGUAACCAAGGACAACACGCAAGUUCCUGGCGUGGCGGCCAUCGCCACCGGGACAGGCGUGGUCCCCGUUGACACCACGUCCGGGCGAAAGGUUAAAUCGACGGGUGUGAACAAUGCAUCAGUGGCACAACAGCAACAACAGCAAUUUCAGAUCAUCCAGGUCCAGAACAUGCCUAAUUCCACAGGAGGGAUCCAGUAUCAGGUGAUCCCGCACUUACAGACCGCUGACGGUCAGCAGAUCCAGAUAAACCCCAGCAACCCGACCACUUUAAGCGUCCAGCCUGAGCAGAUUCAACUCAUUAACGCCGCUAACAACCAAGCCAUCCUGGCCACGCCUCCGAGAGCCACUUCAGCCAAUGUAGUUUCCCAGAAUGUCACAAAUCAGGCCAUCCCUGUGCAGAUUCGUCCCUCGUUUCCACUUCAGCUGCAGACCAUUCAGGGCACGCAAGCCCCCGUGGUCACUACAAUACCCAUAAACAUUGGCGGAGUCACUUUGGCUCUGCCCGUCAUCAACAACGUGGCUGCAGGAGGAGGAUCUGUGCAACUGCUGCAGUCGAACGACGUCAGCAUAGCCAAUGGCAGCCAGUUGAUCACGACCAGCAUAGAUUCUACAACCGGGACCACCAGCUUGACGACAUCAGGGGGCGGAGACUCCAUCUCUGCAGAAGCUACAGCCUUAACUUCAGUGUCCAUGACAUCUGAUGCAGGUGCAGAGGGUCAGAAAGACAUACGGGCCCAGGUAGGCGAUCCUGACAGCCAGAGCACGGCUCAGUCCAACGGGCUGCAAGUGUCCGAGCAGCAGGCCCAAGUGCAGCAGUUCCACAUCGUUAGUCACCCGGUGCUCCAGCAGAUCCAGAUCCAGCAGCCACAGCAGCAAGCGCAGGCGCAGGCACAACAGCAGACCCAGCAGCUGGUUCAGGGCUCCAUCCAGUUACAGCCGACUCAGACGCUGCAGCCGAUACAGCAGAACGUCCAGCUGCAGGCCUUCCAGAACCCGGCACAGGUCCUGAUCCGGGCUCCCACGCUCACACCAACCGGUCAGAUCAGCUGGCAGACGGUGCAGGUCCAGAAUGCAGGUGUGGCUCAGCAGCUCACGCUGGCUCCAGUGGCCUCCAGUCCAAGCGGCGGUGCGUUCACACAGAUCACUCCUCUCGCUAUCGGAGGAACGCCCAUCACACUGAACACGGCCCAGCUGGCCUCGGGGACGGGCGUGCAGACGGUCAACAUUGCAGGCCUGGGCGCUGCCGGGGUCCAGGUGCAGGGUGUCCCACUCACUAUCGCCGGGGUUCAGGGCCAGCAGCAGGGUCAGGAGGGUGUUAAAGUCCAGCCCGGCCCGGUGACCGUCACUGUGGGGAACUUGACCAACGCCAGUCUGAACGCAGUGAGUCCGGACCAGCUGGGUCAGGCCCAGAGCCCGUCGGAACAGGAGGGGCAGCCGAGCAAGAGGCUGCGUAGAGUGGCCUGCUCCUGCCCCAACUGCAGAGACGGGGAGGGCAGGAACAACAACGACCCGACGAAAAAGAAGCAGCACGUGUGUCACAUGGAGGGCUGCGGGAAAGUCUACGGCAAGACGUCUCACCUACGAGCUCACCUGCGCUGGCACACCGGGGAGAGGCCCUUCGUCUGCAACUGGAUCUUCUGUGGAAAACGCUUCACGAGGAGCGACGAGCUUCAGCGGCACCGCAGGACACACACGGGUGAGAAGAGAUUCGAGUGUCCGGAAUGUUCCAAGAGAUUCAUGAGGAGCGACCACCUGUCGAAGCACAUCAAAACCCACCAGGGCAAAAAAGGCGGCGCUGCACUGGCCAUCCUCACCACCGAGGACAUGGAGGACGAGGUAGAGGAGGCGCUGGGCUCGCCGAGGAUCGUCACCGUGGCAUCCAUCUCGCAGGAUUCCGACCCGGCCACGCCCACAACGUCUAACAACCUGGAGGAGGAGUUCGAGUAGAAAAGUCCUCCACUCAAAGCACCAUGUUAUAUAUCAGCUUUUAGUUCGUCUGUCUUUUUAUUUGUUCGUAAUUUCUUUUCUUUUUCUGUUCUUUUAAGAAUGGACAGCUCUUGGAGUGCAUCAGCUUUUCAGAUUUUUCAUAUGAAAAUGUAAAAAAAAAACAAAAAAAUUAUAAUAGAAAAGAAUCUAAAGAUUAUGAAUUGACCAUUUGGUUUUUAAGAGACGUACAGCGAAAACGGAGAUGAGAUUGUCGGAGAGUGUUUUAUUUACAGGAGCACGAGGAGGGAUCUGUCGUUCCCAAUACGCAAAUCCACUAUGAAGAGUCUUUUUUUCUUUCUUUCUUUCUUUCUUUAGGAUUCAAUUCUGUCUCUAUGCACAAAAUUUUCUCGAAUUAUGGAUCGGCUUAUUACGGGGAGUCGGUGUAAGAGUAGGUUUUUAACGCAGCAGGUUUUUCGAAUGCAGUCGGGACGAGAUUUGGGACCGGGGCGGCUCGACACAUACACGCCGGGUCGAUCUUCUUUUUUUUCUUUUCUUUUUUUUAAAAGCAGCAUCGCACUGUUCAGCAGACGGCGCUCUUUUUAAAACCUUAGAGCAUCUCCAGUUAUGCAGAUCUCAAGCGAAACUAUACGAGAAAGCAAGAAGAGAGAGGAAGGGCAGCAUCUGACACAGUGAUGAAAAGGGUCCUAAUAAGCACAAAUUGAGAAAAAAAACUGAUAGAUUUAUAUUUACAAAAAAGAGAGAAAUGAUACUACAUUCCUAUAUGAAGAAAGGGAUGGUGUUGGGAGGCAGGGAGAAAAAAAAAAAAUAAUAAAACCACAAGAGGCGAAUUUGGCUUCCUGAUAUUUGCUAUGUUAAAUGAAAGCAAUACUAUAAAGACAAUCCUUGUGAAACCAUGUUUACAUUAAAUAGAAGGCAGAAUAGAUUUCUUUUUGUUUUGUUUUUUUUUCCUUUUAAGAAGUGGAACAAAGGAAACCACAGCAAACAGCCUAAAGGUCUUUUUUGCGUCUCAAAAGUCAUAUGAACUGUCCUACAAUGCCUUAAACACAGAGUGAUGAGCGAGAUGCUCACGUCAAGGGGGGGAGGGGAGGGAUGGGAUGGGAUGGGUAGGGAGUGAUGGAGAAGCGGGUUUUUUUCGGGACGAUGAUUUCCUGUACAGUUGCACACAGCUGACCACAUGCUUUCUUUUCUAUGCUAGUAAACACUGUGGCCAGUAAAGGAGACGCCAUUUCUGAAUCUUGUCCAUCCGAGCGGCACGUUUUGUUGAUUUCUUUCUUUUCUUUUUUUUUUUUUGCACUCCUCAGAUAUUUCCUCCUCUCGUUAGAUCGACAUCACCGUCAUACCCAUAGUGUCAGUGCCAUUAAAGACGUCCGCUUCCCGAAACAUUGUAGAUCUGCGGCCACCCGCUCGGCCAGUCAAGCCCUCGUAGCUCAGUUUGAUGUUCUAAAAUGUGUCUGGUGGUGUUUUUUUUUUGUUUGUUUGUUUGUUUGUUUCUUUUUUAAUUUGUGGAAAUUUGUGAAUUUUUUAAUAUGACUUUUUUUUUGCCCCCCCCCCCCACAACACCCCCCCCCCAUGUCCUUUUACCAUUCUUUUACCCCUUUUCUACCUGUUAGCACAGAAAGUCUAAUAUCUCUAAUUUAUUAUUUAUCCUUAUUUCAAUAUUUGCCCUUUCCCAGUCGCUGGUGUGUAUCGUACGCUGUCGAGUCAGAGAUUAUGUGCAGCAUGUUUUUAUUUUUGUUUUCCUGGUAUAAGCAAUUUAUUUCUACUUGUGGUCCUUUUUAUAAACAUAACCAUAGCUUUUUAAUUUAUACAAAUUCUUCUCUCACACCAUAACAUAUUUUAGAAGACAAAAAAAAAAAUAAUAAGAUGAAUGGUUGAUACCAAACGAUUUAGAUGUUUUUGGUAAUAUUUUGUGUGAUGACUGAUAUUUUUUUUUUUCUUUGAUAUUUUCUAGUGGCAUCUCAUUUGUAAAUCUUUUUCUAAGAUGUUUCUUUGUGUUCAUGGCAUUUAAUAUUUUUUUUUUUUGCCAGGUUAGCCUGAAAGGCUCCAGUUUAUUGAUAUUUUUAAAAAUAACUUUGUACAAAUGUGUUAUGUUAAUGGGUAAAAAAAAAAAAAAGAAAAGAAAAAGAGAGGGAGAGAGAGAGAAAAAAAGAGAAAGAUCUUUGCCUGCAUAACACUUGAAAUUAAAAGUGAAUAAAUCGGUCUUAAUUAUACCGUG